AUGAGCAAAGAGGCGGCUGCCCAGCCUCACAGCACGCUCUUGCCCACCACCUUGGUCACUGGAAUCAACUCAGCAAUACAGGGAUGCCACGCCACAGUGAUUGACCUGCAGAGCUUGCUAGAAGAUCCAGUGACUGAUGGGGAUGGGGAUGUCUGGAAUGCAGAAAUCACGGCUCAGGUCAUCAAGCUGGGCGGACAAGCGCACUCUGAACUUGACUCUUUGAAAAUUGCGUUGGAUCUUUGCACAUUAAUACCCACAAGCUUCUCAGAAGUGACUCAAGAAGGCUCAUUUCAAGAUUUAACAUUACCCAUGUGGGCUAUCCGAGACGACACCCCGUCUAUUUCAGGAGGUCAACCUGUUCGUUUCACCGACGCACCAGUAUUCUCUCCCGACUUCAGCCUCAUCGGAAUUCCAGUCAACAGCGAUACUCAAGGAGAAGUCUUAAUCGUCCGCUCUUGCGAUGGUGUCUUGAGCACAAGAGCAUCUCUCAACGCCGGUGACACAUUGAACCCGGCGAUCAGUCACAGUAACGGCAUCAUUGCCAUCGCGAACGUUGCACCUGACCAGGAAACUUUCACAUUCCACCAUAUUGAAACUGGGAGUAUGGGCCUACUGAGACCGUUCCGCACAAUUGUUUGUCGAGACAGACAACCCGUGCAUGCCCUCCAGAUGGCAUUUACCCCCGAUGACCAACACCUGAUCGUGUGGUCGAAAUCAACGUCCGAGGAAGACGACCCCAGCACCGCUGGAAGUAAAAAGUCCAAGAAAUGGCUUAAAGAGCCGAUUUCGAUCCGUGUGUUUCAGAUUAGCAACGGCGCUUGCGUCCGCUACAUGGAACCACCUACAUAUCAGUCCUUCAAAACAGCUCUUACUCCCGACACAAUGUUGAGCCGGAGCGUGUUUGCAUUCCCGCGGCCAGGUCAAUGGCUCGUGGCAUUCAAUGAACAGGGAAGCGACCAAUAUCGAUUCAUGGACGCCAAAACGGGCCAGACGGCUUUCAGGGUGGUGCCCAGGCAAGGUGCCAGACAGUUAUGGCAGGCCGGCACUAGUCGAAUCACAACAGAGCACAUGGUCGUCGACAAUGAAACGGAGACUUGCGUCUGCUACCAAGAGAGGUUGUCCUCCAAGGAGAGAAUCAUAUUGGUUAUGCGGCAUCGGUUGGCUGAACAUCAGAUCUGGAGCCCCGUGACGAAUUGGGCUACCAUCCUCAUCAAAGCUUCGAUCCCAGACCGAGGAAUACUGUCUGGCGACGGCAGGCGGCUCUGCAUAUUUCGACGGGACGAGCGCCGAUUCGAUAUCUUUUCUUUGGACUCAUGAUAAUGAGUCCAAUGGCAGCUAUUUUGGUCAGCGGCUCGGUUUACCUGAGUCGGUUAAGUUGGUAAAGUCGAGGUAGAUGGUGAUCGUCGGUUUCCCUUGUCUCAUUGUGGUGCAUUCUUGCGCCAUCAAGACCAUGCCUCAUGGUGCGAGAUACCACCAAUCCCUGUAUCCGCCCAGACAUUGGACUGCAUCUCUCCGACCGAAAUAAAUGACGAAUCGCGUAUGGCCUCUACAGCUAGCUGGCGUGGCAUGGACUGUGGAGUUUAUGUUCAUUACAACAACCUGAGCCAAGGACAUGCACAUGCUGGCCCGAAUAGACGCAGCACACCGACAGCCGACCUUCACGCCCGACUUCCAUGUUACUUGACCAUCUCGUAGAUUGCGUGAUGCUCUUAUCUUACGCUUGCUGUCAUUAGAUUCGACAACAUGAACCCCGGCUAAUGAAACAAGGAGUUUGGGCGAAGACCAUUGAAUGUGGACUUCGACGGAUAAUGUGGCAUUUUACUGUGCGGUCUGAUUCGUUUUGUUCCUUAGUGAGAGGCUUGAACAGCCGGAGUAUUAUGCCAUAGGAAAGUGACUGCUGCAAAAUUUGUUACAGACAAUCUAGUAGCGUCCAUAUCAAUACAAACGUCGC